CCUCAUUUUCCUGAUUAAGUAAAUGUUUACAUGUCCUCAAGUAAUGAGAAGCGAUGUAGUAGAAAGAAAGAUUAAUACAUGUUGAUUACUUGUUGCUAAUAUUUCGACAAGGUACCUAUUGGGUGACACAAAAAUCGCAGUACGCUGCUGCUAGCUACUGAUACUGUACUCUAUUUUAUUCCUAAAUUUAAGAGAGAAGAUAAGGAUGAGAGAGAAGAUAAUGAUGGAUGAGCGAGAGUGCGAGAAGAGAGGAUGAUGAGGAAGACGCGAAGAUGACAGAAAUACGAGAUGAAGAAAGGAUGAUGAUAUGGAAGGCGAGACGAGAGAGAGAGAGAGAUGAAGAUGAAAGAUGAACGAAGAGGAGGGAUGAAAAUUUUGUAAAAUUUAAAUUUUUAUCGAGAUUUGUGAUUACGUUCUUUUACUAUUUUCAUUGAUCGUCUCGCUUUCGGCAAUUAAAAUUAUAUCAAUCUAGAUACGUUUUUCGCCUUUAUCUCUCUCAACUCACAAACAGUUUGCAAGCUGCACCAACAAGAAAACAGAAUGAUGUCAUCUGCUUUUUGUUUUUCGAACAAAAACGCACGGUUGUUGUUUGUCUUCAAAGUGCUUCUGUGCACCACUAUCAACCGGAAGUUGAUGCAUUGCGCUGCUUUUGCAGCGUCGCCGGGGUCGGGGAGUACUGGUGCCGCGUCACACGACUUUCACGUUGAGGAUAAAGACGGCAGUCGCUCUUCACAGACUGCGCCGAGAAAUACACUCCACUCCAAUACCGGCGACGAGGAGAUGUUGCCACUGCCAGGAACCGCGCUCCCGCACGAAACCUGGGAAAAGAUCCAUUCGUUCUUGUCCCCAACUGAGGCGACGGAGCGUGAGUUUGAGUGGAUGGAGCACUACCAACGAGAUGAAGACAGUAUGGAGGUCUUCCUGAGAGAGGACCAGAAACGCACUGUAUCCAAUUUGGUCAAGUAUCUCGAGAAGCUGAAAGCGGACAGCCUCGCCAAAGUUGCGGACAGCGCGGGGGACAGGUUGUUGAUAAGUAGGGUGGUCCGCGACGCUGUGUUAAAAUUUCUGCAGCGAAAAACACGACUGGGCCCGGAAAUCGACCUUGACGAUUCGGGCUUUGCGGGUGCAAGUAAGUACGCGCGCGGCUUGGGAGUGAAGAAGCAGAAGGCGAAUAUCAAGGGCACGAUGAGCAAAACCGAGUAUGUACGGGAGUGGCGCAAACAGGUUGAGGUUACGUCGUACCACGAUAACUUUAUAGCAGGGGGCCGCACGUUCAUCUGUCGGGCAGAACUAGAACGGGAGGACUUGAUGCUGAACGAUAGGCUCGCGCUCACUGUGAAUCGGUAUAAUCGGCAAGUUGGAAUUGAUUUUGAGGAACGCGAUGAACAUAAGAUUAAGAUUAAGAAGAGAUGGCUUGGAACCCUGAUGCAGCACUGGUUGUCAACAUCAAAAGUAGUCGCGAAUGAAAUUGAGAAUAAAACCGGGACAUCGAGCGCAGCCGAAGCGAUACGCCUCGACGAAGACCACGACGAGCAGGGAGUAUUACCAGGAUUGUACACUGUAACGUCGAAAGCAACAGCGCGUGUUGAACACCUUAGGUCAACAAGGGAACGCGGCUUUGACGAAGAAGUAGCGCGAAAGAAGAAGCUAAAGGGGUACUGCCCUCGCGUUUUUGCACAUGCCUCGGUUUUGGAGGAUGAGCCUGCACCGGAUGAAGAUCGGUUGGAACUAGAAGAAGAAGAGGUGGGUGAUCGGAGUCGCAUAAUUGUAUGGCCGAAGGGAAGUGCCACAGGUAGGCUGCGUCAACAAGUCAACACAGUCAAGUUCAGGUAUACCACGAACUUCGAGCCCCUGGAGGAACUUCUGAGUGACGAGCGCGUGGGAGCUCGAAUCGAACAAGCAAUUUUGAACACCAGCCUGUUGCUGUUCCCGAAGAUCAACUCACAAGCAGAUUACUUUUUGGUGAAGUUUUUGGUCUUGGAAUCGCCUACAGUCUUCACAUUGCUUAUGAAAGCGUCAGGUUGGUGGAAAUCCUCAGAGUGGAACUAAAUGAAAGCUGUCAUCAUGCUGCAAAAAAUCGGGGCAACAGAUUUAAAUGCGUGCCCUCCCGCCUGUCAUGCUAGUCAACAUCUUGUUAUUCUGGACCAGGACCACGUCAGCCAGGACUACAACACGAAUCGGCCUCCCUUGCUCUCGCCGCAGUUCACGCAUUUCUUGUGAUGUAGCCCUAGCGCUUCUUGCAUCUAUAGCUUCCCUUUUGCAUUAUUUCCAAUCUGACGCGUCCAUAUUGCUUCGCUGUGAGUUUACCAUGGAGUGGCCUCCCUCGUCGGACUGCAGGUUCAAGAUAUGCCAGGCAGCUCGAUACACCGACCUACGGUAG